GAGACGAUGCAAGUAGACGUUGCAGGUGGAAAAUAUAUUUUAAUUCUUAAAUGAAUAAUCAAGGAGAUGAUUACAUCUGCACAUUUUUCUGAUCUUGAACUAUAUUUGACCCGAGCUCCGCUGGUUAGGAGGUGUUUGGUUCAGCUACAGGGUGCGCACCGGAGGAGGAGUUGACGGUGCGUCUGCCGUGCGCGGCGGAUAAACGGUGCGCUCAGACGCACAGACGGAGCCAAACCAACAGCAACACCUGGAGACUCAACUUCCACCGCGCGCAGGUUGUGUCCACAGUAGCAGCGGCGGGGAUGGGACAUGACUUGUCCGAGUAAGAGAGCGGCUCUUUCAUGCUCUCUUGUACCUUUUACGGAGAGGCCGGGCAGCAACUUCAGGGCACCUCGUGAGUUUCUGAGAAGAGGACAGACUGCUGUUUUCCUUUGACUGGACUCAGCCGAGUGUCAGGAUGCCAUGACCCUCUCAGCUAUCAUAACCAGGCUUUGUUGUCCAAAUCAUUAGAGAGAUUCCUGAGUCCAAUGGCCACGCUGGAGACCUCUCAUUUCUGGCUGCUGAAUAGAAUGGCCGCUGAUGAACGGCAUCUACCGUCCAGCUGUGGGUCCUACAUCAAGACAGAGCCAUCCAGUCCCUCCUCGGUCAUUGACACAGUCAGCCACCACAGUCCCAGCGGAAACUCGGACGCCAGCGGCGGCUAUGUCAGCACCAUGAACAGCCACUCCAACGGCCUGGACUCUCCACCAAUGUUCACCCCCGGCGGGCUAGGCGCCGGCUCCUGCCGUAAGCGCUACGAUGACUGCUCCAGUACCAUCAUGGAGGACUCAUCCAUAAAAUGCGAAUACAUGUUGAACUCCCUCCCCAAGAGGCUGUGCCUGGUCUGUGGAGAUAUAGCCUCAGGGUAUCACUAUGGGGUGGCUUCUUGUGAGGCCUGCAAAGCCUUUUUUAAAAGGACAAUACAAGGUAACAUAGAAUACAGCUGUCCCGCCACAAACGAAUGUGAGAUCACAAAACGGAGACGCAAAUCAUGUCAGGCUUGUCGCUUCAUGAAAUGCCUCAAAGUGGGGAUGCUCAAAGAAGGUAAGAAGAGGGUUCGUCUGGACCGUGUACGAGGGGGCAGACAGAAGUACAAGCGGAGGCUGGACACAGAAAACAACCCUUACUUGGGCUUGACGCUCCCCCCACCUACCAAAAAGCCUCUCACAAAGAUAGUGUCUCACCUGUUGGUGGCAGAGCCAGAAAAGAUCUAUGCCAUGCCUGACCCAACCAUGCCAGAGAGUGACAUCAAGGCUCUCACCACGCUCUGUGACCUGGCUGACCGUGAGCUAGUGGUCAUCAUCGGCUGGGCCAAACACAUCCCAGGUUUCUCCACCCUCUCUCUGGGAGACCAGAUGAGUCUAUUGCAGAGCGCCUGGAUGGAAAUCCUAAUCCUCAGCAUCGUGUUCCGCUCAUUGCCCUACGAGGACGAGCUCGUCUACGCCGAGGACUAUAUCAUGGAUGAGGAGCACUCGCGGCUGACGGGCCUGCUUGACCUCUAUGUCUCCAUCCUGCAGCUGGUGCGCAAGUACAAGAAACUCAAGGUUGAGAAGGAGGAGUUUGUCACCCUGAAAGCCAUCGCUCUCGCCAACUCAGCAGACUCCAUGCACAUAGAGGACAUGGAGGCCGUCCAAAAGCUGCAAGACGCUCUCCACGAGGCCCUUCAGGACUACGAGAGCAGCCAGCACCAGGAGGACCCACGACGGGCUGGCAAACUGCUCAUGACGCUCCCCCUACUGAGGCAGACUGCAACUAAGGCUGUGCAGCACUUUUAUAGCAUUAAGGUGCAAGGCAAGGUGCCAAUGCACAAACUCUUCCUAGAGAUGCUGGAGGCCAAGGUCUGAUUGCAGGCAGAGGCCUGCAAUAAAAAGAGUGACUUGAAUCAUGGCUGAGGGUUCUCAAGAGGCAGAACCAGCAAUGUCAUUUGCAAAGCAGAGACUUCGAUCUACCUUCUUUGUGGAUCCUUUGGACUUAUAAUAAUGAUUAAAAAACAAGUGGAAAACUUGGUUAUUAGUAUAAAUAUAAAAUGAUGCAGAUUAAUUUAAAAUAUAUAAUAAAUACUAUGUACAGUAAUAAUUUUCUUUUGUAAUUAUCAGUGGUCACGCUGUAUAUGAAGGACCUUUUUGCCCCUUUGCAUCUUCAGAACAAGCUCCAAAAAAUGUUGUUCUUAAGAAAGCAAAGGCGUCAAUAACCAUAAGAAAACUUGUGUGUUGUUGUUUUUUUUUUUUUUUGUCUGGACUUAACCAGGACAUGUAAAUAAUUACUACUUGGAAAGCUGAGUGUUCGGUCCAAAGCUGAACAACCUUGGUAACCAUUUUCCCUUGUUCUCCUCCUCCCAAAAAAAAAAAGGUUGUAAAAGAGAAGAGAAAUAAGGGAAAUAGUUACCUAAAUGUGAACUCUUAUUGGUGAAAUGUCCUUGGAUAACAUACCUCUACUGAGCAGUAAGCAGUCUGAUCUAAGUGGAUCAUUUUCAAACUGGAAGAGUUGCCGAACCAUGUUUAACCAACCUAGCAUAGGCAGGUAAAAUAGUCUUAUGUAGUAGUUUGGCAAUAGGGAAGCUUUGGAGAAGCCAGGCUUAAUUUCCUGUUUCAUGUGCUUUUCUUUGCUGCUGUUGCCUAAAGACCAUGCCUGUCCGUACGUCAUUUUCACCUGUGCAAGACAACACUUGUUCCCCUGUUGCACACCCAUAUUUUUCCUCUUCUGAAGACGUCUGUGUUGGUGCUUCUCAAGCACAAAACCCCCAGACCAGGCUGUCGGUUAAGCCUUUGGAAAUUGCUUUUUGACAUGCAAAUAGAUGGCCUGAUUCAGUGUAGGUGAAAGAUAAUCAGCGGUUUUGGUGCGGAAGUUUCAAAGGAUUUAUGCUGGGUGGCAGAAGUCUAUGAGAUUCCUUGUUCAAACAAUCAGAGACCUAUAUGUCAACCAGUCUAUUUUGGGCUCUAUAAGCCAGAGGGAGCAAGGUGUCCGGCAUCUGCUCUCACCAUUUUAGACAUCUCCCAUCUUUUAAUAGCUGUGCCUGCAUUUAUAGGGCUUCAGCCGAACAGAGGUAAAUGGCAGGUGCAAAUGAGGAGCUGUGGUGUUUCAAAGUUUGUUUAUUUUUACCCAGUGAGGGGCUGUUGUCCAUGCAGCCUUUACACCAGGGGUAGAACGAACACGUGGUCUACUUCUUGACCUUAUGUUGACACAACAGCUGGUGCAGAAUAACACCUCCCCACCAAUAACCGUGAGAAUCUUCAGCGCCCAAUCAUGCACAUGUGAACAACUAUGCAAGAACCAAAGUGUGCACAACUCAAAGGGCAACAGUUUAUUUGUACAACGUGUGAUCUCUGGUGGGAGGAUGAUUCACCUGCUUUUUUUCUUGUUUCGGUCCAUUACGCUAAGUGAGGGUAAUGCUUCAGUGCCGUCUGCCACCCUCCUCAUGCAGGAGUAUUUGCUGAAAGGUAAUGCUUAAACAGCUUUAGUGAUAUAUUGUGGCUAUGUCACAACAAUAUGAUACUGUGAUCAAAGGAAUCCCUGACAUUGCAUAGGUUAGAGUUGCGGCUAUGCUUGUGAUAUAAAAGGCUAGCAGCAAUCGAGCGGCCAGCAGCUGCCUGAAUGGCCAACAAUGGAGAAUUACUCCUGAGAUCUUCCUGCACCUCCCUACUAGAACUAGCCAGAUUAAAAACACUACUGUAGAAGGUGAAAUUUAAGUUGUUCUACUGUUGUGCAAUACAGCAGGGACCAAUUCUGACUGAAAUGGCAUGUUUAGAGAGAGCAUUUGAAAAUCUUGUAAUAUGGUUUCAUUUUUACUUAUAUCGACUAAAAUUGCAGUACAAACAAAGACAUUAGGUUUCUUUUCAUUUUUUUGCCAAUACAAAUCUAAGUAAAGUCAAGUGCAAAAUGGCACUGACAGCAUGAGAUUUUUGGCUAGAGUAAAAGUACCAGUUCCAAGUUACAGUAGUAAGAUCAGUAAGUACAGUAAGUAUUAAAACACCUUAAUAAGAGCCUCUUUAUCUUCCACAACAUGAAUAUAUCUGUUUUUAAUGACCAGACAUGUUUUUAAACAACACAUUUGGUGUUUUCUGUAAAUAUGAGAAAAACAUAGUCAUUCUCUUUCAGCCUGCUUACUGACAGUGUGCAGCCACGUGAGGGGAAGGGCACAAGAUAACUCCAGCAUUUUAUCAUCCAUACCAUUAUAGGGACAUUUACCAGCAGAAAUAGAAAAUUCUAGCUGUAUUAGAAGUAUGCUAAAAGGCUUUGCCUAUAGCAAUACACUGUGGCUUUAUAAUAAUUCCAUGAUCAAUGGUAACCAUGACUUAGGCGGUUAGAGAUGGGUUAGAGAUGCAUAGGUUUGAAGCUUCUAGGAUUCAUCCAACCCACUUCUACUUGAAAUAGCCAUUGUCCAGAUAACUAACUCCUCUUUUGAAAGAAAAGAUUAUAGGUGAAGUUACUUUUAUGUUGUUUAACCCUGCAGGGACCAAUUUACACUGAAAUCGCUCUAAAGGGUUGCCUUCAGAGUGAGCUAAAUUUUGUAGAAUCUUAAUGUUAGUUGCAUUAAAUCUUUUUACAUCAAAACAACUUAACCAGGCUUGUGCCGAUUUGAGGAUACAAAAUGAAAAAAGAAAUUGCAAUGAAUAGUGUUUAUUUUUUUCCCCAGUGAAAUUACACCACAUUAAGUAAAAGACAGGACUUGAUUAUGUGGAUGGGCUGGUAUCAGAAUUGUUGGUAAAGCUUAAAAAGAUGUACAACAGGAUAAUUUUCAUAAUUUGCUUUGAUUGCUGGCUGGUCCGUAUUUUUCAGAAAUACUACUAAACAGUAGUAUGGUAGCCUACUUGAACCAGCUACUGUGGUGUGCAGCAAGAAGUGGGGGCGGGGCACCAAUGCAUUACUCUGUUCUAUAUAGCCAGAGGAAAACAACCCAUCCCUACAUACCUUACAAGUUGUGUCUGUAUGUGUAUUGUAAAUAUAUCAGCAUCAUUAACAGUAGAUUGCCCAAACACCAUUGGAGAACAAAGUAUGCAGCGCUCUGCUGGCUACUACCUCAUCACCAUAUUACCAAUUUUUCUCUGACUUCAUCUGUGACAUACCUGAGCCAUCAUAAUUUUUAUCAACCAUAACCUCAAAAAAAUAAUAAUAAAAUCAGUCUUCUCAGUGGUUCUGCCAAAACAUUUGUAAUUGUUGUCAUGUUUCUUCUCAUCUCACUCAUUCCUCAGAGGCAUUUGUAAAGGUAAAGCAUGCUUAAUUUCAACCAUACAACUUUACCGUUAUGGUGAGGCAAAGUGGGUAUGUGUUUAUAUGAGCAUCGUUGUGUCAGAAUUGGUCCCUUAAUGAGACAAACUGCAAACACGGGGCAGGUAACUGAUUUCCUGCGCCUGUGUUGAGUAUUUAUUGUGUGAAUUAUAUCAUUUGGCAAUGGUGUACAUUGAUAUCUCUGAUUGUUGAAUCACCAAUAUCUGUGUUACUUCUGUUUUGAUUUUCAAAAAGAUAAAAGAUCAAUGAAUUAA